AUGUCAUUGACUUCACUAUGUAUAUUCUUCUUCUUUUUGCCUUGUAUUAUUAUCUCCGCACCUAAUAUUGGUAGUCGUUAUACUGGUACUGGUUUUCAUACACGUCUUGAAUAUACAAUUGAUCCUGAUCCAUCAAUGCCUGCUCGAUGUUUAUUUGUAUGGCAUCGUUUACCACCUUAUUUAUAUAUUGAACCAGAUGAACUUCAUCAAUUAAAUGCAACUAUAUUAGGUUCAAUUAAUAUUGAAACAUCAGCAUCUCAAUCACAUCCAUUUGCAUAUUGUUUUAUAUUAUAUAAUUCAACUACAAAACCAUUUGAUCAUACGAAAACAUUUUCAAUUAAUAUUCAUAGUCGAUAUUUAGAUCCGAGAAGUGAUAAUACUGAUUUAGAUCCGAGACGUGAUGAUACUGAUUUAUAUGAAACUCUUCCUUUACCUGAACCAGUUAUACAUUUUACAAAAAAACAAUGUCCUCAUUUAGGCGUGGGAUGUCCAGCACCAAUAGCAGAAACAGGUAUUGAAUCACCAAGAGAAUUAACUGUUACUAUUCCUGUUGGUCAAGAAAAACAUUUAUGGUUUGUUUUUCCAAUCACUUGUUUAUUUCCAUUUAUUAGUUGUUCAUUAUUAUUUAUAAUAAGUGGACGAAUUCAAACAAAAACUGUUAAUUAA